AUGUCCGUCACAACGAGGAUUCAUCGGGGUCGAGGACCUAUUGGCACAAAUCUACAGUCACUGCUUCCGGUACUGCCAGUCUACGAAAUCAAAGAUACUCCAACAUCGGCAUUUCUCGGUGGACCUUUCUUGUCUGCUUCGGAUGCAGCCUCAGAACAGGCAACCGGUCUUGUUUACCAGUUUUUUCCACUGUCCGUCGGUACAGCUCAUCAGACGCCUGUUGCUACGGCCUCUACCGGUGCCGACAGACACUCGGACUCGUCAGUCAGUCCGUCCGUUACUUGCAUCCUCCAUCUGUACCAUCGGCUGUCGGCAUGCCAGUGGGCCUUGGUCGCCUCGUACGAACCACCAUUUGACGCCAGCCUCUCGCUCGGGCCCGAGGCCAGCUCGACUCUGUUGCACUUUGCAUCUCCUCGGCCAGAGGGUGUGGCCGAGCUCUUUUUCCUCAGUUUCACACCAUCCCGAGCUUUGGCCCAGUCUCUGUGCGAUGCCGUGCGCUUGGCUGUUGUUGGCCUAAAGUGUGCGUCUCGCGGCCAACCAUCCCGGCCCGAAUGUGCUACGCUCCAGAGGCGCUCGAACAGGCCUGCAACGGUCAGCUGA